GUGACAGCUAGCAAAGAGCAGAAAGCGCAAAGAAGAACCCGAACCGGAUUUAUGACGCUUUAACAACUCGCUAUUACACGGACGAUUCUGGAUUCUGGCUGACUUACUGAAGUGGACUUCCAUUCAAAAUGCGUGACCACACAGCAGUUUGGAGCCAAUGACACAAGCUGGUGAAGAUGAGUGUCGGCCACACCAGAUCAUAUGAACAUUUUGGACCUCUGAUGGAUGCUUAAAAAGUUCUCAUUAUUGACGCUGAUGUUGUGCCGAGAUGUGGCCCCCUGACCUCGGACCUCCAGACGUGCAGCUGACUCUUCCCGGCUUUGGAAGUGUCUUUGAAGAUGUGGAGGACCACCUGGGACCGUUGGCUUCAGGCGGUUUCUGCCAGUCAUCCGCCCUCUCAGGCUCAGUGCCUGCGGUGUGCUGUACACCCAGAACUUCCUUGUCUUCUCUGGACCUGCUCAGCUGUAAGACCAGCAGGUCCACCACUGACAGAACAGAGGCCAGCUUCUCCACCACGACGUAUGUGAAUCCUGAAGACUCCAAGAGGUUCACUAGCAGUUCUCACUCUACACCUCCUGUAUCCUACAGGCUCACAUCCCCAUCAUCAUCAUUCUUUCUGACGUCCUCCAUCAAUAAAACCUCUCAUCAGCAACAACUACAGGAAUAUUGCUCCAUAAAACAAGAGCCAACAGAGGACAUAUUCCAUAUGAACGACCAACAGAGGGAUCAGUUCAAAAUUGGCCCACAGCACCCAUUGGGAGACCAGCAGGACCAGCAGGACCAGCAGGACCAGCAGGACCAGCCGUGCCUUUGGUCUGACUGCAGCGCUGCAUACGGCAGCCAGGAAGAACUGGUGAGGCAUAUUGAGAAGGUCCACAUCGACCAGCGCAAGGGCGAACAGUUUGCCUGCUUCUGGGCCGGGUGCGUGCGACGCCGCAAGCCUUUUAAUGCCCGCUACAAGCUGCUCAUCCACAUGAGGGUGCACUCUGGAGAGAAACCCAACAAGUGCAUGUUCGAGGGCUGCUCCAAAGCAUUUUCCCGCCUGGAAAACCUGAAGAUCCACUUGCGGAGCCACACGGGGGAGAAACCGUACAUCUGUCAGCACCUCGGCUGCUUCAAGGCCUUCAGCAACUCCAGCGACCGCGCCAAACACCAGCGAACGCACCUGGACACGAAGCCGUAUGCCUGCCAGAUCCCGGGCUGCACCAAGCGUUACACUGACCCCAGCUCACUGCGGAAACAUGUCAAGAGUCAUUCGGCCAAAGGCGUCUGGAAGCAAGAGUCCAAGAUUCACGUAGCGGAAUCGGACCUGUCGACAGGCUCAGCUCUUCCGGUUUCAGACGACUUUGCAGGGGCGUACGCACACGGGGGCGGCUUAGACCACGUACCCUCCUCAGCAGACAGCUGCCGUCACAGCGCGGAGGGAAGCUUCCACGCCGUAACAACGCUAACGUGCUCAACUUGUGUACAGGCGGGGUGCACGCUGUUUCCCAUGGCGGCUGACCCUUUGGACUCCAGGGACAACGCCCAAGUGCCAGACGCCCGCCACAGUCGUCAGCAGCAGCAAGCGUUGCAAUGUGCACCAUUUGGAGUGACUAAAGCAUCUCAGCCAAUCAACGAAGGAGGAUUUGAUGCCACUUAUUUCCCACAAGCCUCUACAGCACCCCCUGCAGUGUUGGACUUGAUGCACGAUCUCCACAACGUGUGGGGCUAUGCCCCGCCUCCAGACACAGACUUCCUGUUCCAGAUGGGAGGUGUGGAUCGUUGUCUGAGUCUCAUCGACGCCAUCUACUUGGACUCGUGACUGUAAUGUAGACACGAAAGGCGUACAUAAGGCCGUAUAACCAUUUGGUGCAAUAGGAGUCAAGGGUUAUAAUUACUGUAAAGAAAUUAUUUCAAAGUCAUAAUAAUAUAUAAUAACUCACGAAUGGUAAUGGUUUAAUUUCAUUUGAACAUGCAUCAGAUUACAAUUGAGUGCAUCCCAUAAUCAGUUCACAGUUCCACAUGUGCAAAAGGAGUCGGAAGAAGCAAAGCUUAUUAAAUCCUACCCCUCCAUCUGGUACUUUUACAAUCACUAACUGUUACAUUUGUUCACUUCCUGCUUUCCAUAAUACAAUUUAAGGUUUUUUUUUUUUAAUAAUGUACCUUGUACUUUGAAGGGUUAAUAGUAGACAGAAACAUAAUUCAAUUUAGAGUACAGAAGUCCCAAUAAUACGUUGUUUGGCCUCCAUAACUUGAUUGCACAUUUUGAUAUGCUAAAGGUUGUUCUCGCACACAAUAACUUUUAUAUAGUGUAAUACCAGAGAAGAAUUUUUGGUCCAGAACAAAUGUCACUUUAUUCAGUAUUGAGGUAUUUCUUGCUACUUCAUGUUGUAUAUUUUAAUGCAAGAGUUCCACCUCAUAUUAUCAUCCAUUAUGACCCCCCCUAGAAUGUAUUUUCAUUUAUCAAAUAGCAAUAUUUGACUUAGGU